UCCUCCAAAACCAUCGGGAUUCUCUCUCCCCUCCCCCUUUACACCUUCCCUUCUCUUUCUCUCUCUCUCAACCUCACUUUUUCUCUCUCCUCGGAAAAUGGCCUCCCCCUCGUGAUCUCGCAGCUUUACCACGCCAUGGUCACAAAUAAUUGUACCUCAUCAUCAUCACCCUCCGCCUCCUUCACCUUCCUCCGCACUAUUACCUCAAUCCUUUCAAAAUCAGCAAAUAUCUCCUGAAUCCCUCUGAUCUCUCUCUCUCUCUCCCUGACCCUUCUUCCUACCCCUCCCCUCCCCCACUAGUCCGUACACACACCCCUAUACACACACACACCUCUUUCUCUACAUUUGCAUUCAGACCCACAUCCACAUUUCCUCACCAUCUCUUCCAGUUGUCAUUAGGGUUUUUUCAUUCUGGGUUCUGGUUUACUCUCAUUUUGCAUUAGGGUUUUCCGUCCAUAGCUUUCACCAACAAUGUCUUGGAACGACUCAGUCACCGAGCCAACCCGUCGCCCAACUCGCUCCACCUACAUCCCUCCCUACCUCAGAACCACCAACAGCAACAACACCACCCCAUUUGGAUCCCAAACCGACUUCUCAUCGGGUCCCCGGAACACCGCUCCAAACCGAGGUCGUGGCCACGGCCGCGGCCGUUGGGGUCAAAACCGUCAGUUCCACGACAGGCCAACAAAUGCCAACCCAUUUGACCUCAUCGAAAAAUUUGAUGAACUUGAGGUGGUUGAGGAUGGUAAUGUAGGGCAAGGGAUUAAUUUCGAUGCUUACGAGGACAUACCCGUGGAGACGAGCGGUUCGGAUAUUCCUCCUGCUGUGAACACUUUUGCUGAGAUAGAUUUGGGCAAGGCUUUGAAUGAGAACAUAAGGAGGUGCAAGUACGUGAGGCCGACGCCCGUGCAGCGGCACGCGAUACCGAUAGCGCUGGUCGGGAGGGACUUGAUGGCCUGUGCUCAGACGGGGUCGGGGAAGACCGCGGCGUUCUGUUUUCCCAUCAUUAGCGGGAUUAUGAGGAACCCCAAGUCGAUGUCGGUGCCGGUGUGGGGUGGUCGGGGUGGUGGUGGUGUUGCUUACCCGCUUGCUCUUAUUUUGUCACCGACUCGGGAGUUGUCUUGCCAGAUACAUGAGGAGGCGAAGAAGUUCUCUUAUCAAACUGGUGUCAAGAUUGUGGUUGCCUAUGGAGGAGCACCUAUCUCCCAGCAGCUCCGUAAUCUGGAAAAGGGUGUGGACAUAUUAGUUGCCACACCAGGGCGCUUAGUAGAUAUGAUAGAGAGGGAAAGAGUUUCUCUUCGAAUGAUCAAGUAUUUGGCUUUAGAUGAGGCUGAUAGAAUGUUGGAUAUGGGAUUUGAGCCCCAGAUUCGGAGGAUUGUUGAGCAGAUGGGGAUGCCUCGACCAGGUCCAAGGCAGACCAUGCUUUUCAGUGCAACUUUUCCAACUGAAAUACAAAGACUUGCUUCUGAUUUUCUCUCAAACUACAUAUUUCUUGCUGUUGGAAGAGUUGGAUCCAGCACUGAUCUAAUUGCUCAAAAAGUUGAAUAUGUUCAAGAGAUGGACAAAAGAAAUUGUUUGAUGAGUCUUCUUCAUGCCCAGAGCGCUAAUGGAGCCCAUGGAAAACAUGCUCUGACACUGGUUUUUGUAGAGACAAAGAGAGGAGCAGAUGCUUUGGAGCACUGGUUGUGCAUGAAUGGUUUUCCUGCCACAGCAAUACAUGGUGACAAAGUGCAAAUGGAGAGAGAACGAGCUUUGAAGUCUUUCAAAACUGGAGUCACCCCACUUUUGGUGGCAACGGAUGUUGCUGCAAGAGGAUUGGACAUCCCACAUGUUGCCCAUGUUGUCAACUUCGACUUGCCAAAAGACAUAGAUGACUAUGUUCACAGAAUCGGAAGGACUGGCCGCGCCGGUAAAUCUGGUCUGGCAACAGCAUUUUUCAGUGACAAGAAUAUGCCCUUAGCAAAAUCCCUUGUUGAACUCAUGGUAGAAGCAAAACAGGAAGUGCCACCAUGGCUCACUCAAUAUGCUGAGUCAUCAUCCGCCUAUGGCAGCAGCAGUCGAGGCCGUCGAUAUGGCGGCGGCAAGUUUGGCGGCCGCGAUUACAGAAACAGUUCUCAGUACAACAGUGGGGAUGAUUACAAUUAUACCCAAUAUGCUGAUUCCUAUGCUGCAGACACUUCUAGUGCUUUUCCUUAUGAUGCUACUCCCAACAAUGCCUAUUAUGCUGGUGGAGGUAUUGAUUCUAAUGCUGUUGGUUCACAUGGUUACAACUUUGAUCAGGAAGGUAUCGUAGCUAGUGGUUGGGAAUGAGUGCAUGGUUCGUAUGGUCCUUUUUGUUUAGUCUGGUAUUGGUAUAUAGUAGGUAAUCUAUAGCAGAGAUCGUAAAACGUUAAUGACAGUAUGGAAACAGAGAUGACAAAUAGGAUCCAAACAGUUAACAAGAAGUUAAGUUCACAAACAAAUAGUUAAGGUGGUAGCAUGUUUUUGUUGAGCAGGUGAUCCAUAUUUAGCUUACCCUUUUGACUUGGUGGAAUGACAUUGAUAGUUUUUGCCGGUAGAUUCUUCUGGGAAGAUUGUUCAUCUUGAUGGGAUGUUGUCGUUUGUAAUGAGGAUGCUUACUUGCGUACUUUAAGCUCUUGCUAAUACACAUGCCUAUUUUGUCUCA